ACUACUACAGAAUGCGUUUUCCUGUGUGUGUCUCGGUAUCCCAAAAACUGACCAAAUGGUAUUCUUGAUUUCUUUGUUGGACAUUGAGAGAUUCAUUCAUGGUCAUUCCUUGUUUUGUAUAGACAACGGUUGUGUCUGGUGGGGAUUAUUGUGGACAUAUUUUUGGAUUUGCUGCUUUUCAGAGACCAGGCCAUGUCCAAGAAACAGAAUGUGACUGUGUGCUUUGUGUCUGUAUUUUUUAUUAUAGUUUUUUACCGCUACUUUAUCGGGUGGCAGGAGACCCUCGUUGUUCACCCCAAAACCAACAAACUGACCGAGAAGAAGAGGAAAGGUGACACAGUUACUUCGCAGGAACCCGAACCAGCUAAGGUAGCAGUGACCAGUGGCGUUGACCAGCUGGACAGGAAAAAUAGCUUUAGUAGUAAAAGUAGUGUUGACAGUGCUGGCAGUGUUAGCAGUAGCUACAGCAGUUGUCCUAGCUGUACCAUUAGCAGAAGUGCUAGCAGCAGUGUUAGCAACAGUGUCAGUGAUAGCGCUAGCCGGCGUUGUACUAGCAAAGCCACGGUGGAGAAGACUCUGACCUCUCGGCCCUGGCGGUACCAGGAGGAGAUGCAGCCACAAAGGAUCGAAGGUGGCAGAGCAAGAACUCUCUCCAGCAGCCGGAGCAGCCCAUCCAUCAGCUCCUACUCCACUGUCAGCGCCUCGUCUCCCUCUAUAAGCAGCAGCGCCUCCCUCAGCCAGCUCAGCAAAACCAACUCCAGAGAUAAUGCCAAACAAGUACAUCUGUUUUCCGGACCCAAGUCUCGGACAGAGAGCGGUUACUCCUCCCUCGAGAAGAAAGCGCCAGCACUCGACACCCACCAGCCAUCUUCAUCCAUGUCCAAUUUGUCUCCCAGAGACCCCACAAGGAGGUCACAGGUAAUGGACCAGUUAGAGGGAGAUCACGUUGACAACAUGGACACUAGCUCUUCAUCUGAAUCUGCCUCCUCUUCUGCCUCAUUUUCCAAAACCAACUCCACACGUCAGACCCGCAGCAGCAGACUCCCAAUAAACAAAAAACAGGAGCAGUCCCUGGACUCAGCUGUGAGGCGUUCUACCACAGAUGUCUCCAAAUCAUCCAUGCCUCGCUACCGCCGCUCCAAGUCCCUGGACCGAAGAGCUGCGGAUGCCACGCCUGACCUUCUCAACUUCAAAAAGGGCUGGAUGACUAAAUUGGCUGAAAAUGGCCAGUGGAAGAAGCACUGGUUUGUUCUGACUGAUCACACACUGAGGUUCUACAGAGAUGCUGUUGCUGAAGAGGCUGCUGAUAUGCUUGGUGAGGUUAACCUGUCAACUUGUUUUGACAUCACAGACUACCCAGUUCAAAGGAACUAUGGUUUCCAGAUCCAUACGGCAGAUGGAGUGAUCACCCUUUGUGCCGUGACUUCUGGGACCCGGAGGAACUGGGUCCAGGCUGUCAUGAAAAACAUCAGGCCCACAGUGGCCCCAGAUGUCACAAGUUCUUUUUCAGAGCAGAAUGUGCCACCAGUGCUACAAGAUCAAACCCCUAAUGAGAUGCGCUCAGCAGAGGAAGAUGGGGAUACAGAUCAAAGAAAGAACAGCAAAAUCCGUGAUCGUCGUCGCGAGGGGCGCUACAAAACCUUUGAUUGGGCUGAUUUCAGUCGCCAAAAGAGCAAAGAAGAGGCGGAGCCCCGUAGACAGACACUUCCUCUGGCAGGAUGGGACAACAAAGCCAGCGGUAGCCCCUACCCUAGCUCCUCCUCCCCUGCAUCCUCUCCGGUAGCCUCAUGCUAUUCCUCCAUGGCAUCAUCCUCGGCCUCUCAGUGCCUCAGAGAGACUGCGACUUAUCAAGAGGUGGAGGGGAAAGAUGAGAAAACCGCUCCACCCAUGCUUACCCAGGCAACAUCCACGGUUACUUCUUUAAAGGAGACAAGCGACGCUGAGACCAAAACUCCCACAAGAACCCCAACACUUCAUACUCAAAAUAAGUAUUUUCAAAGAAGUGCUUCGGAGUUGGACAGCGGCUCCACCUUUCCUACACCAGAUAUGUCGGUUGGGCAUGGCGAUGCUGUCUACAUCCCUACAGACGCUCCUGUGAAUGUCCCUAGCGUUGACCUUAGCGAUUGCCUUGUAAACAGAACUAGCGUCAAUCCUGGUGAAGGCCUUGGCAAUGUACAGAUGGAGACCACACCGGUGAGACAAGAGGGGCAGUCAGUUAAUCCCAUCAGUUACUCAGACCAAUCCCCUGAAGAGAUGGAACAGUCAUCUGAUCCUCAGACUUUACCACUGGUCAAAGAGCUGGAGCGGACACUGAGAGAGUUGUCCAGACUCCAGCAGGUGAACAUCAGUUUGGAGGAACAGCUGCAGCAGGAGAAGGAACACAAUGCCAGGGAGAGCCACUUAUUGCAGAAUGGGCUGCUGAUUUCUUCUAACCCAUCCUCUUCAGCACAGGCAUGUGCUUGGCAGCGCCUUCAGAAGCUGAACCAGGACCUGCGGUUUGAGCUAGAGGCACAGAGGAGUAGCCAAGAGGAGGCGCAAGAGACUGAGCUGCAGCGUAGAGCUGAGCUUAUUGCCUUACAAGCGCGGGCUUUGAGUGCAGGAGAGGCUGCAUCUCUUGCAUGUGCUGAGCUAGAGCAGGAGCGUCAGCGUUUCCGGGAGAUGCAAGAAGAGGGGGAGCGUGACCGCAGACAGGAAGUGGAGCGUCUGCGUCAGCGGUUACAGGAGGUGACAACCCGGCUGCGAGCCACACUGGAGGCGCAAUCCAUAAAGGAGGAGCGCUUGCAAAAGCACCUGGGCCUCCUGCAGGAGAGUCAGGAAAGGGAGAGGGGGAGACUGGGGGCAAGCCUGGCCCACUCUGAGUGCCGGAUGCAGGACCUGCAGGAGCGCCUACAGAGGGCUGAGCAGCAAGUGGAGACAUUGCAGAAGGGCCAGGUGCAGGAUCAGCCGUGGGCUAAGAAAGGUGAGGUGGCGGAGGCUCAGCAGCAGCUGCAAGAAGAGCUGGCCCGGACUUUGGCGGCUGUUGAGCGGCUGCAGAGGGAGGGAGAGCAGCUGGAGACACGGUGCCAGGAGCUGCAGAACCAACUGGCCGAGGCGGACGGGGAGGUUGGUCGGCUGAGGAGCCGUCUGCAGACUGAAGAGACUGACUACUACAACCUGGAACACUCCUACGAGAGGGUGUGUGAGGAACUGCAGCAAGCUUUAGGACAGGCGCAGGACAGGGAGACAGCAGCCCGGGAGAGCUACAACAGGCUACUGGAGAGAAAGGAACAAGAGCUGAGUGAAGCCUUGGUUAAGAUGGCUGCCCUAGGAAGCAGCUUGGAGGAGACAGAGCUGAAACUUAAUGAGGCAAAGGAAGCUUGCACCUCUGCCACUCUUCCGCUCUCUGACGUAACUCACAAUGAACUUAAAAUAAUCUACAGUGGUCUCGAGACCCCGACCAUUGAACAUUCCAAUGACAAUGCAAUAAGUGGCUGCGUCUCUGAUGUAAACCAGGCAGGAGCUUGCUUAUGUUCAGUUAACCCAGCCUACCAGUACAUUGUUGCAGCCGGAGACAACACAGACAGGUUAGUGUCAGUGAUCCAGGUCCUGGAGAACAAGCUGCAUGUGACCGAGGAGAAACUAAGAGACAUUACCCAGAGACUGGGGGAACCACAGGGUCAGUGGAGCAGCAGUGCUGCUGCCGACCCCCAUAUUCGCUCCCAACUAACCCAGAGUCGGGCUGCAACCCAACGACUCAGCCUUUUGCUCCACAACCAGGCCAAGCAGAGCAGGCGCUUUGCCCUGGAGACGGAAGGCCGAACCAAGGUGCUGGGUAGGCAGUGUCAAGCAGCUCUAGCCACUAUUGAAGCCUGCAGAGAGAGGAUCCAAGCACUGCUGAGGAAACCUGUAGGUAACAGCAGGCCUGACUUAGAAGCAGUGCUCUGUGCCCUGGAGAUGCAGAUGAUCACCGCUGCAGCCUGCCUUAGGCAAGGAGAAAGAACUGCAGAUGACCAACUGCGUGAAUGCCGCCAAGCUCAAAAGGAGGAGGAAGGCUUGAUUGAAGCCAAGACAGAUGAGAGGGAGGAGCAAAUGUGUGCCAUGGAUGAUGAAGCUGGACAGGGAAUGUUUAGCAGGGUGUUAACCCUGGAAGCAUCUGUGUUAGAGAAAAUUGCAUCAAUCCUGCAAAUCCAAGACAACAUAUUUUGCCAGACCAGUGACCUGCUUAGUUUAGAUGGUGAUGCAGCACAUGCUUACACUGAUGUGCUUUCUAAAUGGAUGGCACUCGAAACAGAGCAUGGCAAACCAGUAAGUGGUGACACUGUGACAGAGGAGAGUACCAUUGCCAGGGUCUGUGUCAGAGCCGAGCUGGCCUACAUUGCUCUGACCUUACAGCGUCGCUACCAGGGGGAGCCUCUCCCUUCAGACUCCAAUAACCCAACCAGGCUGGGUUCUCAGCCAGAGGAACUGUUUGGUGGUGCUGGGGAUAACAAACUGAGCUUUGGUUGGGCCAGGUGUCUGGCUGAUGUCAGUCCACCAGAACUGGCUCCUUAUGAGGAACAACUGCAGCUGGAGUCCAGAGACCUUGUAGACAACUUGCUGCAAAGGGAUCAGUCAGUCCAGAGUGGGAACAAGGCUGAGAUACAACCUGACCAGACCGAAAGACUUGCAGCCAAUCUACAGAAAAGGGCCAAUUUCUUGCGCCAACUGAGCCAGGAGAUCUCCAGCAGCAGUCCCACAGAGGGGGAGAGUAGUGCUGUGACACAGAGAUGUUGGUUGAAUAGCUUGGAAUUUUUUACAACACUGCUGGCCCGAACCGAGAUGACCUACGUGGUCUUGCGUUUGCAGGUGGAUUAUGACCAGGAGCUACAGCGAUACAAGGAGGCAUGUGACAACCUGCAGACAAUGUGUCAGGAGCAGGAGGCAACGCUGACCAAGGAGCGCUGCGCAUUUAGUCACAACCUGUCACGACUGGAGGAAGACUGCCAAGCCAUCAAGGAGAAGCUGGAGCAAGCUGAGCAAAUGAGAGCUGCUUCAGAGAGUGAGUCCCAAAGGAAGGUGGGUGCACUCUUAGCAGACAUCGAGAGCAUUGAGUAUUGCCACGAGGAGCAGGUGGAGAAGCUGGAGAAAGUGUUCCAAGGGAAGAUACAGGAGCUCCAAAAUAUCCAUGAGGAGGAAAUGAUACGUCUUCAUAGCCACCAUGCUUGUUCCACCUGUGUUGUAACCGAUACACAACAUGAGUCCCGCUCAUCACAGACAACCCCUCUUCCUGAGAAAGCCACUUCCUACCUGGACUUUAAAAUAGAUUCUGCCAUAUUGACAGAGGGACUAAAUCUGGAUGGAGACAGUGAAAUGGACCCGGUGUCCAUGGCAACAAUGAAGGAGCGUAUACAUGAGCUUGAGACGCAGGUGAACACAAUGGAAGAAGAGGCAGGAAGCAGGAAUUUGCAAAGGCAUGAAGUUGCCAUGAGGGAAGCUUACCAGAGAGACCUGGAAAACUUCAAGGCAUCUUGUGAGCGAGGCUUCACUGCCAUGGAAGCAGUACAUCAGAAGCUGGUGGAGGACCUCCAGCGGCAGCACCAGAGGGAGGUGACCACACUUCUGCAGGAGAGAGACCGUCUAUUGGAAGAGGAGACUGCUGCCACCGUUGCAGCGAUUGAGGUGAUGAGGAAUGCUCAUCAGGAAGAACUGGAAAGGAGCCAGAGGUCUCAGCUGAGUAGAGGAAGCUCUGAGAUUACAGCCCUCCGAUCUGAGUAUGAGGUUGAGUUGCAGUCACUGCACAGGGAGCUUGAGGUACUGUCAGACCAGUACUCCCAGAAGUGCCUAGAGAGUGCCCAACAGAAUCAGGCCUUUGAGGCUCAGAGACAAGCCCUGCUGAAGUGCCAGAAGGAGAAACAGGAGCUCAGCACCCACAAGCAGGAGUUGACACAGAAGUUAACCGAGGAGAUCUCUCAAAUGCAUUCCCGUUUCAGCGGGGAACUGUCCACCACUGCCUUUCAGGGAAAAGACCUCUACGAACUUGAGGUGAUCCUACGGGUAAGGGACACAGAGCUGCAGUGGCUCAAACAGGAGACUCAGUCUUUGAAGGAGGAACUGAAAGCUGCUCUGAGGGACAAGGAAUACACCACAGACAAGCUCAAAGCCUUGUAUGCAGAGUUUGAUGUCAGCCGGUUCAAGGUCCAAUGUGACAUCACCAAAUCGCAAGAUGAGGUCCGGACUGCAACCGGUUCUCCUAGUGAUGAAGAAUGUAGUGUCAACAGCCCCACUGCUGCUCCGGCAUACGGAAUAGGGACGUCGACAAACAACCCUGAUUUCUUGAAGGAGAGGUCGACCCUUACCAGGCAGAUCAGAGUGGGCCGGUCAAAGAGCCUGAAGGAAGGUCUUUCUGUACAAGAGAGAAUGAAGCUGUUUGAGCCCAUGGACUGAUCUGAUAUCUGGUCCUUUUGAUAAUUCUUCUGAAUGUGUGUAAUGUUUGUCUAUAAACAAAUAUGCAAUGUGUGUAUUGUGUGCAACAAUGCUUGACUUGCCUAUAAGCUGUAAAGUUUACCGUUGGGAGUGUUUUUAGAGCAUUGAUGUUGGUAGGAAGUAUUGUGAUUAACCGUUUAUCUAUGUAUUAUUCCACAGAUCAAAACAAUGCACAUGUGCUAGCUAGUAAAAAGCCAUUGCAUGGCUCAAUGCACAUGUAUUAUUUUCGUAGUCCAUUUCACCACAGCCAGACAGUCAUAUGAACUGUUUCAUCUGUCAGAACAUUCUUAAAUCUAACUGCUGAUAAUGUAACACUGCAUGGCUUAAUUUAAAAAAAAUUGUCCCGUGUUUUAGUAAUCCAUAUAAUGAAAACAUUUAUUUGAAGGUUAGUAAGUGUAAAUAUCUGAACACAUUUUCCCCCAAUCUAAUCCUGACCACAAGAUGUCUCUCUUAGCAGUCAGAGCAUAUUCAUUGGCAUUCUUAUUUCCUUUGAGCCAUUUGAUUUCUACCUCUGUUAUAAAGCAAUAAAAGCAAAAAUAACUGACUUCCAUUCUAAUGUACACCACUGAAGACCAACAUGUCAUAACCCAUUUUGUGUGACAAGGUUUUUGUAGAUCAUGUCCUUCCAGUUGGCUUGAUCUGAAUUUAAGUUAGUUUCAUUCUUAUUUAAAACAAAAUAGAUCAUUGAACUUGGUGGAAUUAAUUUUUAAAAAUGGCAUGUUCAUUUAAUAGAAAUAGAGAAAAUAAUACAUAGUCCUCAUUGGUUAAAAUGGAACUGCUUCUGUGUGCCCUUCCUUUCUUCUGAAAUACACUGUUAGUGCCUGCAGCUAUUUAGGAAACCUGAAUGAAGAUUUGUGAGUUGUUAAAUUCCUUGUUUCAAUGCAGAACAACAAUGGAUGGUAAUGAGAUCAGAGGCCGAAGGGUACUGUUAGGUUUUAGGUGUGAAAAAAGCACAUUACUGUUUUAACAAAUUGACAUAGACAACAUAACUAAAUGCACAUAAAUAUAACCCACAUCACUGUUGCUGAUAUUGCACCACUGUAUUUCUUGCUUUAGUGGAAAGAAAAUAAAGACUCAUGAGCUGUCUAUUAAAGAAAAAGCAAGUGAUUUGGAUGCUAAAAGAAAACAGGAACUCAGAACCAUAGCAUAAAAAAUGGGCAGAGCCAAAUCAACAGUUUGGGAUAACCCAAAACAGCCAGAAACCGUUCAGCAAUCUGCAACAACCGGUCCACCAAAGAAAACUACAGGAGUUGACAGACCAGUGCAGAGAAAAUGACCAGGGGCCGUAUUCACAAAACAUUUGACCUUACCUCUUACAUGCCUGGCAGCUCAUAAAGAGAUGUGCAUUCAUCUUUUGAUGGAGCAAUAAUUCAUUCAUGGUCGAGCUAUGACCAUGAAGUCUGCUUAGUUUUUUUGUAGUUGGUGAAUAUCAUGAGGAAACCGAAUAAUUUGUCACACAAUAUGGGGUCUGUGGAGAGCAUUUAUUGUUUGAUGUAAUAUUCUACUGACAUGUGACUGAGAUAUACAUCGUUUUUCUGGGCUGCAUAGCUGCAUUUUCCCUGUGGCUAAGUAGAGUUGUCCCAUAUGUCCGAUAUUAUUGGGUUGUUUCUGUUUGUUGAUGAAGUGACAGCAUCCCUGACUAGCUCUACUAUGAUCAUAAUACCCUCGCGAUUAAGGCAAUACCUUGUUCAAAGCUCAGUAUCAAUAAGUGUUACAAUAAUUUUAACCUGAUUACGAGACGGAUUUAUGGCAGCAGCCCUUUUAGGAUUGUUUGUGACUUGGUCUUAGUGACUUAGGAGUCCUUGAAUUCUAUUAACUUUACCCAGAUUUAGGAGCUGGUUUUAGUGUUAAAACGCUCUGUGAAAUACUCUUAGACCAAAAAUGUAGGAGUCCUAAAAUUAGGACUGACACGCCCAUAAAAAAAAAAAGUACUCCUAAAUCAGCAAGUUAGGAGCUGCUUUUAGCCUUUAGAUGUUUCUUGAGUUUUGUAGUUGUAAAAAACACAAUGCAACGCAUAAUUACAAAAACAUGCUGCAAAUACAACCAAGGAGUUUAUUUGGAGGACUGUCUCCUGAUUUAAAUCUCAUUGAAUAUGCAUUUCACUUGCUGAAGAGGGAGACUAAAGUCAGAAACUUUCAAAGCAACAGCUCAUUAUGGGUGCAUAAAUAUGGAGGACCAAAAAUAAAUGUCUCAAUAAACAUAUUUACACAUAAUAAAUCAAGAUCUAUAUGCAACUAAAUAUAAAUGUAAACAUAAAUAAAUAUUAGUAACACAUUUGUAAAACCUAACAUGAAUUUGUACUUAAAUAUUUUCCUAAUUAUUAUUUUCAGUAUAUAUUUCCCUGUUAAUUCAUUCCCUUAAUCUUUUAUUUCUGUAUUCAUUUCUGUAUUUCCUUGUCAUUAAGCUAAUGGGAGUGCAAGACAUUAACUGUCUGACUUAGCAAUCAUAGCAGAAUCAGACUGUGAAGAUGGUGAGUGUUAUUUUAUGGUGCGUUCCAGAUGUGCAUUCCACUUGGAGGUCGGAAUUUCCGUUUCCAAGUCGGAUGUUUCAACUGGAAUGAUCCCUCAAGUCGGAUUCCACUAGAAACCAACUAGCCCCAAAUUCUUAAUCCAAGAUGAGAGGACUACAUUCAUUGAUUCAACAAGGUGCUGAAAGCAUUCUUUAG